UCUGCGCUCCGGAGCUGCGCAGUAGCGGACUGGGUGUAGUCUGGACUCCCGUCUUUUCCUGCCGGAGUUUGCUGCAUGGCGGCGGACACAAAGAGCUGAGGCCCGAGCGAAGAGCGACACACAGCAGCAGCACAGCCGGGAGACGAGCUGCAGGACGCGGCCUGGAGCAGCCGAGCCGCCGCUGAUGACUUUUCCCGCAUCUUUUUCUUGAUGCUUGUCGCUGUUUCUGCGGAAUCUGCCGCUAACCGGAGAGCCGCCGCAAACUUUGGAUAAGUUUUGGGAAAGUUCGUGUGGGAGUUUUCUGGACGAGAAGGAGGACGGAGCGGGUCGAGAGAAUGCAGAGUUUGAUCCGGGCUCUGGUGCUUUGGAGCGGGGUGGCCGCGGUGUGUGUCCGCGCAGCCAUGGACGAGUGCGCGGACGAGCAGGGCCGACCGCAGCGCUGCAUGCCCGAGUUCGUGAACGCAGCUUUUAACAUGACGGUGGAGGCCACCAACACCUGCGGGUCUCCGCCCGAGGAGUACUGCGUGCAGACCGGAGCCACCGGGGUCACCAAGUCCUGCCACAUCUGCGACGCGCGGGACCCGCGGAACCACCACAGCGCCGUGUACCUGACCGACUACAACAACCAGCAGGACACCACCUGGUGGCAGAGCCAGACCAUGCUGGCGGGGAUCCAGUACCCGAACUCCAUCAACCUCACCCUGCACCUCGGUAAAGCCUUUGACAUCACCUACGUGAGGCUCAAGUUCCACACCAGCCGUCCCGAGAGCUUCGUCAUCUACAAGCGCACCAGAGAGGGUGGCCCCUGGGUGCCGUACCAGUACUACAGUGGCUCCUGUGAGAAGACCUACCAGAAGCCAAACAAAGGCUUCAUACGAACUGGAGAGGACGAGCAGCAGGCGCACUGCACCGACGACUUCAGCGACAUCUCGCCGCUGACCGGAGGAAACGUGGCCUUCUCCACGCUGGAGGGACGACCCAGCGCCUACAACUUUGACAACAGCCCCGUCCUCCAGGACUGGGUGACGGCCACAGACAUCAGAGUGACCCUGAACAGACUCAACACUUUUGGAGACGAGGUUUUCAACGACCCCAAGGUCCUCAAAUCAUAUUACUACGCCAUCUCUGACUUCGCUGUGGGUGGAAGGUGUAAGUGUAACGGCCACGCCAGCGAGUGUGUGAGGAACAGUGUAGGACGGCUGGUGUGUAACUGCAAACACAACACGGAGGGUGACGACUGCAACGUGUGCAAACCAUUCUUCAACGACCGGCCGUGGAGGAGAGCGACGGCCGACAACCCCAACGAGUGUCUCCCCUGCGACUGUAACGGGAAGAGCUCCGAGUGUUACUUUGAUGCGGAGCUGUACCGGGCCACAGGUCAUGGAGGCCACUGCAGAAACUGCGCCGACAACACAGACGGGCCCAACUGUGAGCGCUGCCUGGACAACUAUUACAGAGACCAGAGCGGCAGCCGCUGCCUGCCCUGCAGCUGCAGCCCCACCGGUUCUGAGUCUCCUCAGUGUGACAACAGAGGUGUGUGUGCAUGCAAACCAGGCGUGACCGGAGAGAAGUGCGACCGCUGCCAGCCGGGAUACCACAGCAUGACGGAGGCCGGCUGCAGGCCAUGCUCGUGCUCACCUUCAGGCAGCACCCAGGAAUGCGACGUCAACACGGGUCAGUGCCACUGUAAAGACAACGUGGAGGGGUUCAGCUGCGACAGGUGUAAACUGGGUUACUUUAACAUGGACUACAAAAACCCUCAGGGCUGCACGCCAUGUUUCUGCUUCCAGCACUCAUCAGUGUGCGACAGCGCUGAAGGCUACAGCAUCCACACCAUCACCUCGUCCUUCAGCAGAGAUGAAGAGCAGUGGAGGGGUCAGCAGCGGGAUGGAGCCAGUGUCCCGGUCCAGUGGUCUCCCAGCGGACAGGAAGUCUCCCUUAUCUCUGAUGACUACUUUCCCAUGUACUUUGUAGCCCCAGGCAAGUUUUUGGGGAACCAGAUGUUGAGUUACGGACAGAACCUGAGCAUGAAUUUCCGCGUUGAGCGGCGGGACGCUCGCCUGUCGGCUGAAGACCUGAUCCUGGAAGGGGCUAACCUGCGGGUGGCCGUCCCCCUCAUCGCCCAGGGCAACGCCUACCCCAACGAGAACAUGCAGACCUUCGUGUUCAGGCUACAUGACAGCACUGACUACCCCUGGAGGCCGCCCAUCAGCCACCCUGACUUCCAGAAACUUCUCCACAAUCUGACGGCCAUCAAGAUCCGCGGCACCUACAGCGAAAGGAGUGCUGGUUACCUGGACAACGUCUCCUUGGUGACAGCAAGGCGAGCUCCCGGUGUGCCGGCCCUCUGGGUGGAGCAGUGCACCUGUCCUCAGGGUUACCAGGGUCAGCACUGUGAGCAGUGCACUCUGGGAUACCGCCGCGCCCGGCCGGAGCUCGGACCCUUCAGCCCGUGUGAGCCCUGCAACUGCAACGGACACAGCGAGGCCUGCCACCCUGACACCGGAGAGUGUGACUGUCAAGAUAACACCGCUGGCUUGAGCUGCGAGCGCUGUAAGGAUGGUUUCUAUGGCGACGCCACCCAGGGGACGCCUGAUCCCUGUCAGCCAUGUCCCUGUCCAGCUGGAGCCACCUGCGCCAUCGUUCCAGCAACCAGAGAGGUGGUGUGCACCAACUGUCCAGCUGGAACCACAGGUAAGCGCUGCGAGCUGUGUGACGAUGGGUUCUUCGGGGACCCUCUGGGUGAGAACGGACCAGUCCGAGCCUGCCGUUCCUGUAAGUGCAGCGACAACAUCGACCCCAACGCUGUUGGAAACUGCAACCGCGAGACCGGAGAGUGUCUUAAGUGCAUCUACAACACCGACGGCUUCUUCUGCGACCGCUGCAAGGAGGGUUUCUAUGGCAACGCCCUGGCUACUAACCCCGCUGAGAAGUGCCGACCCUGCUCCUGUUCUCCGCUGGGAACCGUGGACCAGCAGACCAGCUGCUCCCAGGUCACCGGUCAGUGUCAGUGUCUCCCCAACGUGGCUGAACGCGACUGCAGCGCCUGCCAGCCCGGAUUCUUCAACCUGCAGAGCGGCAACGGCUGUGAGCGGUGUAGCUGUAACGCGAUUGGCUCCACCAACGGUCAUUGCGAAAUCACUACAGGUCAGUGUGAGUGCCACCCCGGCGUCACCGGCCUGCGGUGUGAGCGAUGCGAGGUCAAUUUCUUCGGCUUCAGCUCGUCUGGAUGCAAACCUUGUGACUGCGACCCAGAGGGCUCCCAGUCGGGUCAGUGUAAGGAGGAUGGCCGCUGCGAGUGUCGGCCCGGUUUUGUUGGUGCUCGCUGCGACAUGUGCGAGGAGAAUUACUUCUACAACCGGUCAGCGCCGGGCUGCCAGCAGUGUCCAUCCUGUUACAGUCUGGUCCGAGACAAGGUCAACCAGCAGAGACAGAAGCUUCAUGACCUUCAGACUCUGAUUGAUAACCUCGGAUCGGGGCAGGACACCGUCAGUGAUAAGGCCUUCGAGGAUCGACUGAAGGAGGCAGAAAAGGCCAUCAUGGAUCUGCUGGAAGAGGCUCAGACCAGCAAAGAUGUGGACCGAGGCCUGCUGGACCGUCUCAACACCAUCAACAGCACCCUGACCACCCAGUGGAACCGCCUGCAGAGCAUCCGGAACACGGUGGACGACACCGGCGCUCAGGCCGACCGCGCCCGCAGCCGAGUUCGGGACGCCGAGAACCUGAUCGACCGAGCCCGACAGGAGCUGGACAAAGCCAAGGACGCCAUCGGCAAAGUGGACAUCAAACCCACUGGCGGCACCGGAGAACCCAACAACAUGACGCUGCUGGCCGAGGAAGCCCGAAACCUCGCCAACAAGCAUAAGAUGGAUGCCGACCAGAUCGAGAAGAUUGCCAAGGAUGCCAACGACACGUCGACCAAAGCGUACAACCUGCUGCUGAAGACUCUGGACGGAGAGAGCAAGACCAGCCAAGAGAUCGACGAGCUCAAUAAGAAGUACAACGAGGCGAAGGAGUUGGCCAAGAAUCUGGAGAAACAGGCCAACAAGGUUCAGGCCGAGGCAGAGGAGGCUGGAAACAAGGCUCUGAAGAUCUAUGCCAACCUGACUAGCCUCCCGCCCUUCGACGCCAAGGCCCUCGAGGAUGAAGCCAACAAGAUCAAGAAGGAGGCGUCGGACCUCGACAAGCUGAUCGACAAGACGGAGAAGGAGUACAAUGACCUGAGAGACGACCUGAAGCCCAAAGAGCAGGAGGUCCGAAAACUGCUGGAGAAAGGCAAGAGUGAGCAGCAGACAGCCGAUCAACUGUUGGCCCGAGCUGAUGCUGCCAAAGCUCAGGCUGAGGAGGCGGCAAAGAAAGGCCAGUCCACCUUCAGAGAGGCCGAGAACAUCCUGGACGACCUCAGAGACUUCGACAGGAGGGUCAACGACAAUAAGACCGCAGCCGAAGAAGCCAUGAAGAAGAUCCCCGCCAUCAACGCCACCAUCAUGGCCGCCAACGAGAAAACCAGGCAGGCCGAGGCGGCACUCGGUAACGCUGACGCUGACGCCCGAGAGGCCAAGAAAAAGGCAGAGGAGGCCGAGAGGAUCGCAAGCAACGUGCAGAAGGGCUCUGCCAAGACCAAGGAGGAUGCAGAGAAAGCCUUACAGGACACCAACAAGCUGGACAAGGAGGUCGACGACAUGAUGGAGAAGCUGAGUGAGGCUGAACAGGACUUGGAGAAGAAGAAGGCUGAAGCCGACCGCGACAUGAUGAUGGCCGCCAUGGCGUCGGAUAAUGCCAAAGAGGCGGAGGACAACGCCCGCAAGGCGAAGAGCACAGUGAAGACGGUCCUGAAGCUGAUCAUGAGUCUGAUGGACCAGCUGGGAAACAUCGACAAGGUGGACCUGAGCAAACUGAACCAGAUCGACGAGUCACUGAAGAGGGCCAAGGGGAAGAUGGCCGACAGCGAGCUGGACAAGAAGCUGAAGGAGCUGAAUGACGUGGCGCGCACUCAGGAGGAGAUGAUCGACGACUACGACCGGCAGAUCCGCGAGAUCCGUGCCGACAUCGCCAACCUCAACGACAUCAGGAACACAUUACCUGACGGCUGCUUCAACACGCCGUCUCUGGAGAGGCCUUAGCCCCGCCCACCUCCUCCAUCCGCCACGCCCCCUCCCCCACUCACGUCUAACACUCUGGCAAACACGCCGACUUUUACCAAAACAGUUUUUUACCUUUUGUUCUGAUCCUCAUGUCUUUGCCGACGUUUCAGCCACGUUCACCGGAAGCAGCCGCUUCGUUUUUCUGAGACGUGGUUUCGCUCCAAUGAACUCAGCGGCGUUGAGAAGCCGAGAGCCGGAAGAACCCCGGAGAAAAACAGAGCCACAAACCCGACGUGACUGCAGUCCGGGCGACUCUUCAAGCCACACGCAGUGAAGGAACCCUCAGCUCCUCCUCCCAAAGCUACAGCACACAAACAGCAGGGAAACACGCUCACUCCUCUUCCUCCGCAGUAUUUCCACCUCCAGCAGGUGGCGGCGUCGAGUUAAACCACAAGAACUCUGCCGAAGUCCCAGAAAUAAUCCGAGUGCACCAGAUAUAAAAAUCAUGAUGACAGCUCGUCUGCUUAAACCUGAUCCCUCCAGAUCCAGGUCCAGUUUCAGUACUGGAUCAGGACUCCAUAUGGGGGAUCGCUUCCUGUUUCUGACUUCCUGCUCGGCUCCACCUUUUCCUUCGUCACUGCACCACCAACAUUAUGUCAGGAGUCGUGCUGGUUCUGCAGUAACGCCUCCGAUCCACAACUUCUGGGCUUUUCUCUCGUAUCUGUAACGAUGACAUAAAGUCAUUUAACUGGAUUCAGAGUCGCGAAGCAGCAAACAAACGGUUAACUCCACGUUCAGAAUACGUUUUUUUUAACAUGUUUACAGGAAAACUUCAACGCCGCCUCCAGCCAGGUGGGGUUAAAGUGUUUAUUUGAUAAAACCGGACGUGUUUGCAUCGAGGCAGCAGGCGUGCUGCAUUUUAUGUUUGAUGCUUUUUCUCAUCUUUCAGAAUCUAAUUAGUUAAUUUAGUUUCACCGGGAUGAAAAUGGUGAAAAUAUUCCUGCCGUUCAUUUCUUUUAACACCAGUUAAAACUACUGAAUACAGAGAAAACCUGAAAGACCGGCUCUGACUGGAAUCAUGUCCUGACUUACCGAUUGCAAGUUAAAACUUUUUAAAUUUCUGUUUUUCCUUUUACGUUUUUUUUGGUGCUGUGGUAUUACCAUGUGUUGUUCUGGGACUGAGACGAUUAUUUUCUUACAUUUUUGUCAGAUAAACUGAGAAAUUAACAUUUUUAUGACCUGAGGGAAAUCUGACGUUUAUAAAAAAUAAAAUCUGAAAUUCUUGCCUGUCGUUACAGAAGAUGAAGUUUUACGGAUCAGAGGUGGUGCUGAUGUAAUUCCUUUACUGAACACUACAGGGCAGAGUAAAUGAGAUGGAAUUUCUUAGAAAAAGAAACAAAAUUCGUUGUAGGGAAGGCAAACUGACUCCUCUUUGUCUGAUAAACCUAAAUGAUCCUGCAGAUGAAACCAUGACGAUGUCACCAACACGUUCCCGUUCAGAAGAUGUGAAUGUUGUGGGAACUGGAAGCAGUUUUUCUUUUACAAGAAAAAAUCAUCAUAACCCUUAAAGCCCGACUCAAGGAAAUUAAAAUUUUUUAAAUCUAAAAUCUGAAUUUGGCCCUUUAACAAAUGUAAAAUAAAAAUUAAUAGAAAUUAUUUUUUUAUAUUCAUCAUUUAUUAACCUGUGAUGUGAAAUUAUUGUAGUGCAAAUGGUGUCCACCAGGGGGCAGAAGACACGCAUCAGAUUGUAUACGACAGGGUUUUCAUCAAAGAUUUUACCAUUAAGUGAUGCAAAAGGUCUCAAAGUAUUCAGAUACUUUUGAUAAUAAGACACACACAUCUGGCCACAUCUGGUGUGUAUCCAGCUGCAUGAACGUUAGACCGAGAAAACCAAGUCCAGAAGAUGUGAUGGAAAUACGCUCGAAAUUUGAACGACACCGUAGGAACAAGAUUUCCGUUUCAUGUGAAAACGUUUAAUCUUCCAGAUGUUUGAUGUGAAAGUUGUGGGAAAAGUUUUAUAAGAAAAAUAUUCACCUGGUUCCGAUACACUCCGGUCCUUCCCAGGAAAACUGUGAACACUCGUGCGGGACUUCGGCGUUUCGUCUUUGUUCCUCGUCGCGCUCCGACACCACUUCACGCUCCGACGUCCUUACACUACAGACUGAGUUUGUGUCGCUGCUUUUCACACGUUAACACCUGUUUCCAGGCUAAAUCCAACACUAUGCAACUUUGUACAUUUCUGCGUAGCAAGAAUUUUAUCUGAUACACUGGUGCUAAUAAUUAUUUUAAAUGUUAUAUUUUUGUGUGAAUGUUUUUUUAUUAUUAUGACAUAGAGAGAGGAAUUUGUUCUUUGUGUAAAUAUAAAUGAUCGAGGACUGGCUGAUUUUAUCACAAAUGAAACAUGCAAACUGCCCAGUUCUGUUUUUAUUACAAUCAAUCAACUGAAACCUCCAGCUAAAGUAUCUAUAUCUAUGAUAACGUCUGUGGUAUGUUAUUAUUAUUAUUAUUAUUAUUAUAUAUGCUUGCUUGUAUACAAGGCUCAUGCUGCUGCCUUAUAGCGAUGCCAUUACUUUGUGUUGUGUUGUGUUGAUUCUUUGUGGGUUUUCAGGAGUUAAAUCAACCGAACUGAGUUUCUGUCAUCGGUCAGGACAAAUUUUUUCACAUUUCGCAUGUUUGAAUUUGUGCCUUCAGGUGAAGCUGAACCACAUGAGGGUUUCCACGUUUUAUUAAACAUGAGUUUUGUUGGUGUCAUGCUGCCGCGUGUCGGUACUGCAGCGGGUUUUACAGAAUCAGGUCCUGACUGGUCACAGUCCAAACAGAAGCAACCGUCGGACUUGUGUUGUUUUUAUCUCCUCUGAUCAGAAAACAACGUCCUCGUGGUGUCCACCUUUGUGUCCUGAGCCGUGCAGCCUGUGCAGCUCCUGCAGACGUGAUGUAUAAACAGUAUUUUAAGUUAUAACGUACCAGAUGUGAUGAUGGAGGUGAUGAAGCUGCACAGCCUGCAGGAUGCUCCGUCUAUGUCCUGUUUCCAGCUCUGUGAGGACCUGACUGACCCUGUAAAUCCAAACUUAACAUUUCAAUAAUAAAAAAAACUACUACAGGA